GAGAGCUACAACUCAGCGCGCAAGCGCUUUGCGGAAGGCAAUAUUACUAGAAUUCUCAUAGAACGGCAAUGGGAAAGGUCGAGUCGACACGCGCGUGCGCAAAAAGCUCGGGGCAUAGGCGGCCAAGGGGGACGUUGAUGUAGCUGCCCACACUGAUGCAUUUAAUAGCAGUUCGAAGCACAUGUAUGUGGUGCAUGAGUAGUCGUUUGGCGCAUGCGGAGCGGGUUUUGAGCCGGACCGCAAGAUAGGCGCAUGUAUAUGAAAUUCAGUUUUCUCCAAGCAGAUUGCGCAUGCGUAUCUAGGCGCUUUCACGCACGUGCCAGUUGGAGUUGUGGUCUUUGACUCCUUGGAAAGAAGUACAGUAGCUUCUUUUUAGUCAAAGGUAUCAAGCAGGAUUUCACUGUUCCUCCUGCUGGCAGAAGGUAGCGUUACAUUGCUAGACUAGGAAUUUUCUGAUUGAUUGAGAAGAUAAUGGCAAGUGAGGAGAGACAAGGUCCAGGAGGAAAGCCCAAGAACAGUAACUCAAGUGAGAUAACAGCCUGUGGAAAAGAAAACAAUGAAGAUGGAGUUGGAAGGGGGGCUGAGUCAAAAGUCCUAGGAGAGGCCAUGAAAGAGAACCUGCUUCCUUCUAACCAGCUAAGAUCAGCCAAUGGGGGCAUCUCUUGGGCCUGCCCCGACGGCACGUUUGUCAAACUGGUCUUGGAGACUGGGAAAGGUGUGGAUAAGCCGAAAGAAGGCUCCGUAUGCCAAGUCUUCAUUGAGGCUCCACCAGGUGGUCCCCUCAGUUACCCAUCCCACAGUUGGACUGAAGUGGAGUUGGGUGCGGGUGACUCUGAAUGGGAUGGGGCAGUGGACCGCUGCCUGGAGACCAUGUUGGCUGGGGAACGGGCAGAGUUGAGAUUAACAGGUGGAGACAGCAUUAUCAUCCAGUUGGCCAGCUUCACACCAACCAAGGAUUCCUGGGAGAUGAGCGCCAGCGAGAAAUGGAACUUGGUUAUCCGCAACAAAGAGCACGGCGGUGAGCUCUACCGAGCUGGGGACAUUGGCGCGGCGGCCAGGCGCUACGCCAAGGCCUUGCGGCUGCUUGUGGCAGCUGCCCCACCCCCGGACUAUGACCAAAUUAAAGCUGAGCUCCAUGCCAACCUGGCCGCCUGCCAGCUGAGGUUGCGCCAGCCGGCCAACGCUGCUUGCAACUGUACCAAGACGCUGACGUUGCAGCCGACCAACACCAAGGCGCUCUUUCGGCGUGGCUUAGCUUAUGAUGCCAUGAAUGACUUGGAAGGGGCGGCUCAAGAUCUGAAGGGUGUUUUGCGAGUGGAGCCAGGAAACCGAGCAGCCAGGCGGGAGCUGGACAGGGUGAUGGAGAGGAUAAAGGUGCGGGAUGCCAAACUGGCACGAGCCAUGCAGAAAAUGUUUGGCUGAAUAAAAGGAUUAAAUCAUG